UGUGCUCUCUCUCUAAUAAAUAAAUCUUUUAAAAAAAAUGAAAAAGAUAAGAACAUUUAAAAAAACUUAUCAAAAAAAAGUUACUAUUCUUAAGUAAUUGCUCCAACUUUCUGGUUCCCAUUUGUUACUUUUGCUGCUUUUUAUGUGGUUUGAGAGAGGCCACUUUGUGGAGACCACAGUCAAAGGACACAGGGACCUCCUAUUUGCAGGAGGAACGCGUGGCCACUCUUUCCCUUAUGCAGACUCUCUGCUGUCUGUGACUUGGGCCACCGUGGGACACGUGCGGAUGUCAGCUGAAGUUCUGGGCAGAUCCUGGCAGGAGCUCGGUGGCCCUCUGUGCUGCUCAGGUGGACAGCUCAGCUGAGAGACUGUUUACAGAUGUGUGGGUAGGAAGAAAGCCAAAGCAGUUCACGGGGCUCCUGCUGACAGGUCUAUGGAAUACCCAGAGCUCCUCCGGGCUCCGGGGUACGGGAAGGGAAGGAGCACUACUGGAAGCAGGCGGAGCCCAGGAGCCAGACCACCCCCCAACCGGGUGGCAGAGCCGGGGGCAGCACACUGCUCACAGGGCUCUGCUCCACGCGUGUCCUCCUCUCGCAGUGGCUGUGGUGUAAAGGCAUGAAGCUUUCGGCAGGUACCUUCACUCCCACCCUCUCUACCCCGCGUCCAAGUUCACAACAUCCCAACACAGAGCGAGGACACUGUGCCCACGGUGCUACAGGCUACUCAUUUCCCCUCCUCCUGUGAUGCCUCUGCCACUCUCCAGUCAUUGUCACGCGGAAGCAGCUGACUCUCCGAGUCCCAGGGACCUCCGAUCUCCUAAGAUGUCACGCAUCUUUGAAAGUGGAUCUGUGACUUCGGUGAAGGCGAGGGGAGCUACAUGAGAUGCCCCCAAGUCAGAACUAAAGGCGUCUCUCAUCUGUAACUGCCUGCGCUGCACUCCAAACUCCCUGAUCACGCAGGAGAGGAGAGGAGAGGUAGUAAUUAUUUAUAAUAACUUUAUUAGGUAUAAUUUGCGCCGACCCUCUGAAAGCAUCACAGGCACCUCCGAGAGCCGCGUCGUAAAUGCAAGCUCCCGUCCCCGACCCGGCCCGUCCUCCCCGUGCACAGCAGUAUCCCUUUCUUCCUGGGAAGGACAGAAUAAUUCGUGCUCGGACAGAAGGGUGAAGAGGAGACAGCGCGGGCUCAGUGCUGGCGCCCCAACCUCGCAGUAUCGCUGGUGUCGGCCACCUGCUGACCGGCCUCCUGAAGCCUGGCCUCCUCACAUGCCUGGUGGGGACAGAGGCGCCUGCCACCAUGCUGUCAAGACAAGUUACUGACAGCCCACGUGUUAAGCGUUUAGAUUAGUGCCUGCUACAAAGACAGCAAUUUUAGGGUGGGGCUAUCAUCUUUUUAUGAUUAUCAAAAAACAAAAAAGUCUCCCCUCACCCAAAAACGGCCACUGGGAAAUGGGGCACUGGCCUCAUGUGCAGGUAUUAGGACCAAGGGGCGCCUGCUUUGGCUCACCCAACCGUAGGGCGGGACCUGUGUGAAAACGCAAAGAGUACGCUUUGUUCUCCCUCCCAGAGACGAAAUGCUGGGCGGGCGAUGGCACCCCCUGGACCGGUCCCCCGGAGGGACCCCGGUGCUCUGCGCUCUGCAGGAUGACAGAGACACACGAACGAAGCAGAGGACAGUCGGACGGCCCCCACCAUUAGGAUCUGUUUAAUUCACUGGUUUAUUUGGUGCCUUAAGCUGGAUUCAACCGACUUCGCAAUGUUUUCAGUGAGAUGGUAUAAAUAAUUUCUUUUUUAAAAAACUUUUUCAAAUUGGAUGAGUGAUGAGUCGGUGUAUUUCUUUCUCACUGGAGCAGAAGUAGGAUGUGGAGGGGUUGGGUCUGGAGAGAGACCUGCGGUGGGAACAGCAGCAGAAGUGUUACAGGUGGUCUCAAGGAUCCAUGUGGACGAUACAUUGUGGCGAUCCCGCAGGAGAACAGAGAGCCCGCUGGGUGGUCCGUGGGAACUGUUACAUUUGUUGUAACAUUGGAGGAAUUCAGUGGGCUUGACAGGUGAAGGCACAAGCACAUCUGCACACCUCAAAGAUUGCUGAUUAAGUUAAAAACAAAUGAAAAUUAUGAACUGGUCAGAAAACAUGACUUUCUUUUGGAAAACGUGAUUUUCUUGAUUUCUUUCUGCAAGAUUGGUUAAACUUGCCUGGACUUUAUUCUGUAUGUAAUACUAGAGACCGGGUGACUUUGAAAUGAGACCAUUGCAGAAGUCCCAUGGAGGGCAGCCCUUUACAGGGUCCCGUGCGGUAAAGCUAUGACCCUGACGUGAGCACGUGCGAGUGCGCAAGCUAUAUCAAGUCGUACGCCGGCCUCUGGAAGAUGGGUGCUUGGGUCGUGUCAGGUACGGCUCAGAAAUCACAGAGCCCAACGGAGGUUCCAACCCCGUGGAUGACCGAGGCAGUGACCCCUGCGUCAUCACUCGGUUUGUGACAGUGGCCUGACCAGGCGGUUGGGAAGCAUCAUGUGGGCCCAGAAAUGCUCGAGACACAAGAGCGACAAGACCCCUGUUUGGUCACCUGGACAAGAUCUCAUGGGGCUUCUUUUUUGUAGGGUUAGCGAAGGAAGUUCUAGUAGAAAAGAUUCUCAUUAUGGGCAUGCGGUUAAUCACACUGAAAGGGAAUCUUUCUCAGACCCCGUGUUGUAUGAUUCCACUUCUGUGAAACGUCCAGAACCCAUGCCUCUCUGGAGAUAGUGAGGAGAUUAGUGCUUGCCUGGGGCUGGGGGUGGGGAGGGCGAGUGGGGGGCUGCUAACAGGCACUGGUCCCGUUGGGGGCUGCCGAGAAGCUUCUAAAGUGAGCUCGUGCUGAUGGCCUGUGAGUGCACGAAAGCUGCUGGACGUACAUUGUGCUGGGUUCUCAGGAAUAGAAUUUACGCCUCAGUGAGGAUGUGAAGCGAAAUUUCCUUCUGUCUGACGUCUGCGGGGCUCUGAUUUACUGCGAUGCCGUCAUUUGCUGGGCUGUCCAGGCCAUGAGUUUGGUGUUUGGUCUAAUUUCCAGGGCGGUUUGUUUACAGCUAAGCACAUUUAUAUGGGUGAAAUGAGACACACAUAUUAAUUGUGCACAAGAAUUCAUAGAGCUAGUCGCUGCUCCUUUGAUGUCAGAAUGCAAAAAUGCUUUACUGGCUUUCAUUUUUAAAACUAGAAGGUUUGGUGUGGCACUUUCAGAUAUUUCGCGGCAAAACUGUCAUGUGUUUUUACUCCAGAUGUUGUCUUACUCUAUAAUACCACUGUUAAGUCAGGAAACACGAGGCUACAGCCUAGCGUCUGCUGUUAUUACGCGUCAAACAACACAUCAUCGCACUGUCUUUGCUUUCCAUCUUUAGCUAAUUGCGAAUCUUCUCCAUUCUACUUUAGGAACUUAAUCUGUUACGGUCAAGCUGUGAGUGCAGUCAGAGCCAAAGUCCCUGGAACUCAGAACGCUUAGCCGGGCUGCACGUCGGGGGUUUCCAGAGCACGGGGGACAGGCCAGGCCUUACUUACAUUGACGUCUGAGGCCCCAGGGCUCACCCUCCUUAUCCUCCCGACCGCUGUGGGCCGAACCACACACUCGAAGGGGGCGCACGGCACUCCCAGGACCAGACGUGCGCAAGCUUGUCCAGACGCUGUCCAUCUGUCCCUCGGCUCUCCCUCCCUGCGGCCGGCCUCUGGGGACAGCCUGCAUCCUGCUCUGUGAGCUAGGGCCAUCAGAGGCUCGGCUUUGCCUCUGUCACCUUGCUAAGUUUCACACUCUCAGCCUCGAAGGAGCUGUGGCAGAGCCUGGUGGAGUGAGCCAGAGUGGGAGCCUGGAGGAGACGGGGCCGAGCCCUCACAGGGGCUGGCUGGGCUGGGCCUCUGUGGCCUUUGCUGUAGUGGCUUGCGGCGCGGUCCCCAGUCUGUUUGUGAAGGCUCAUCUGGCUGUGUGGAGACCAGCACGGGCUGGUCGGUGGGCACAGAAGCCUGGGCAUGGUGGCAGUAGGGAACGAGGGGCUGGCCUCACAGUGCUGGGGUCGGACGCGAGGGGCUGGCCUCACAGUGCUGGGGUCGGACGUGAGGCCCAUCCUACCUGGACAUAAUCCAAAAGCAGGGAUGUGGCCAAAGGGCUGCCAUGCGGGAACGACCAGGAACCUGUGGGGCCAGGACAAAGACGAAGACCCUCAGAGAGAGCUUCCAGGCCUGGUAGAGACAGAGUCCACGAGCACCAGAGCGGCCGAGCGCCAGCCGUAGGCUCACCUCUCCCUCCCCUACACAAGACAAGUAAAAUCUCUUCAGUUACCAUCAUGGAAAAGGUGUGUGGUUUAGACUUUUCUUGGCUUUUUAAAGGAAUUGCUUCUUUAAAAAUUCCAACUGGGAGAAUUGUUUGCAUGCCCGGUUCAUGCCCUGAGUGGUAUUUGCGCCCUCUGCCCGCACCUCGGCCUCCUCCUGCUCCUCGCGGCCCGCUCCUCCUCCAGACGCGGCGGUCUCCCCAGGCCCUCCUGACCAGGCUCCCUCCGCGGAGUCCCUGCUCCUCACCAGGCCGGACGGGCCAUGGACAUGCAGCCCAGACAGACUGUGAUUCGAACUACUUCACGCGCCCUGUUGUGCAUCAGAGUGUGGACGUGUUGGCGGCCGGGGCAGAGGCGGGGGCUGCUGGUGGGCGUGGGCGCGGGUCCUCGGCUUUUGGCCGCUCCCAUGGUGCACCUGACCCUCCCACAACAAGCCCCUUGGUCCUCAAGCCCUGUUCCCAGAGGUCCUGGCAUGGAGCACGCUCCAGGGUCUUCCCUGUCCCUUUCCCAAUGCCAUCACCUUCAUGACAGUCUCGUGCUAUGGACAGAGUCCGUGUCCCCCCAAACUCACGAGUUCAAACUUCUCCCCAAAGUGAUGGUGUGAGGAAGCAGGGCCUUUGGGACGUGGUCCAGUCCUCAGGGUGCUCGCGGAUGGGUAGUGCCCUUGUAAGAGGCCCUAGAGAGCUCCCUUGUCCUGGUCAGUCACACGAGGACACCUCAGGAAGAUGGACAUGUAGGAAGGAAGUGGGCUCUCCACACGGGGAAUCCGCCAGUCCCCAGCCUGUGGUGACCGGCGGCCGCCGCCUACGGCCGGCAGGUAGAAGCUGUCCCCCGGUGCCCGCACACCCGCAGGACGCCUCUCACACCACCGUCAGCUUUGCGUUUCGCCGUCUGCACAGUUGUCUUACCGUCCCGUGCAUCUCAUUCAGCCUGUUCUCUCUGGCGACACGAGUGCCUAAGAAACACCUGUGGCACUGAAUCGUGACGCCGCCUCUUCCUCCCCGUUCC